AUGAGUCGUUUAGUCAAUAUCUCCAAAGUCAUUGGUGGUUUCAAGAGCAAUUCUAGCACCUUCAAAGGCUCAUCGUUGAAAAUUGUUAGAACGUUGGCCACCAGUAAAGAUGCCGAGUCUAUCGAUUCUAGUGAUUUGGUUUCUGUUGACCUUCCUCAGACCUCUUUUGAAGGGUAUAAUUUAGAUUGUCCUGAAUUAUCCUUUGAAACUGAGAAGGAGACGCUUUUGAAAAUGUACAAGGAUAUGAUUAUUGUUAGAAGAAUGGAAAUGGCUGCAGAUGCCUUGUACAAGGCGAAAAAAAUUAGAGGAUUUUGUCAUUUAUCAGUUGGUCAAGAAGCUAUUGCUGUUGGUAUCGAAAAUGCCAUUGAUCAUAAGGAUACCGUUAUUACUUCGUAUAGAUGCCAUGGUUUUGCAUUUAUGAGAGGUGCCUCUGUUAAAUCCAUAUUGGCAGAGUUGAUGGGUAGAAGAACUGGUGUUUCAUUUGGUAAAGGUGGAUCUAUGCAUAUGUUUGCUCCUGGAUUUUAUGGCGGUAACGGAAUUGUUGGUGCACAAGUUCCUUUAGGUGCAGGUUUGGCAUUUGCCCAGAAAUACAAGGGCGAGAGAUCAGUUUGCUUUGAUCUUUAUGGUGAUGGUGCUUCUAACCAAGGACAGGUGUUUGAAGCUUAUAAUAUGGCAAAAUUGUGGAAUUUACCGUGCAUUUUUGUUUGUGAAAAUAAUAAAUAUGGUAUGGGUACUGCUGCUGCGAGAAGUUCAGCCACUACUGAAUAUUUCAAGAGAGGUCAAUAUAUCCCUGGAUUGAAAAUCAAUGGUAUGGAUGUCUUGGCUUGUUACCAAGGCUCUAAAUUUGCCAAGGACUGGGCUUCUCAAGGUAAUGGCCCAUUGGUUUUAGAGUUUGAAACUUAUAGAUAUGGUGGCCACUCGAUGUCUGACCCAGGUACUACUUAUAGAACAAGAGAAGAAGUGCAGCACAUGAGAUCAAGAAACGAUCCAAUUGCUGGAUUAAAGGCUGUGUUGUUGGAGAAAAACAUUGCUACUGAAGCCGAAAUCAAAUCCUAUGAUAAAGCAGCUAGAAAAUACGUUGAUGAACAAGUUGCCGAGGCUGAAGGAGAUGCUCCACCGGAAGCCAAGAUGGAUAUUUUGUUUGAAGAUGUUUACGUCCCAGGAAGCGAGAUUCCUGUUUUGAGAGGUAGAAUUUCGGACGAUACUUGGGAUUUUAAGAAUAAGACUUUUUUGAAUAAAGUGUACUAA